AAAGGAUGGGUAUAUUAGUCAUUUAACAGAGUGAGGCGGUGAUAAAGCCCUAAGUGAAGGCAAGGAAAAGAAUUGGUUUGUAGCUCCGUCUGCUGCACUACAUCAUCAAUUGCAGGAAUGGGGAGAGAGAUGAGCAACGCGGUCUCCAAUCAGAAGCCGCAGUCGGAGAUGUCGUACACGGUGGAGCAGCUCGUUUCCGUCAAUCCCUACAACCCCGACAUCCUACCUGAUCUCGAGAACUACGUCAACGAGCAAGUCUCGUCGCAAACCUACAGUUCGAAUGCAAAUCUUUGCCUCCUGCGUCUCUACCAGUUUGAGCCAGAGCGGAUGAGUACUCAGAUUGUUGCUCGCAUUUUGAUUAAGGCACUGAUGGCAAUGCCGGCCCCAGAUUUCAGCCUGUGCCUCUUUCUAAUUCCUGAAAGAGUGCAAAUGGAAGAACAAUUUAAGACUCUCAUUGUUCUCUCACACUACUUGGAGACUGCCAGAUUUCGUCAGUUUUGGGAUGAAGCUGCUAAGAGCCGUCAUAUAUUAGAGGUCGUACCAGGUUUUGAGCAAGCAAUUCAAGCAUAUGCCAUCCAUAUCCUUUCAAUAACUUAUCAAAAAAUUCCAAGAUCUGUUCUUGCUGAGGCCAUCAACAUUGAAGGUCUGGUCCUAGACAAGUUCAUUGAGCACCACAUCACUAACUCUGGUUGGGCUAUAGAGAAGAAUCAGAACAAGGGUCAAAUUAUCAUCCUUCCUCACAAUGAGUUUAACAAUCCGGAGCUUAAGAAAAGUGCUGCAGAUGGGAUUCCCUUGGAGCAUAUCACACGGAUCCUUCCAAUUCUUGGCUGAUCUAUGUGAUUUGGCAUUGAUGGAUCCUAGUCAAAUUUUGGCCAUUCUUGUGAGAAAAUACGUACUUUGUGUUUUUUUUUUGUCAAAGCGCUAUAUAUUUAUUUUAAAUCUAAUCUGGAACUACAGUGCUUUGAUCAGACUAGACCUGUUUGAGCUAUUUUCAGUUGUAGCAUAAUAUUAUCAGAUCCUCGGGAUUAAAUGCAAAAGCUUGUUAUUUAUCA